AUGGCGCUGUGCUCCGUGCGGAAGGCGCGUGAAUGCUGGCGCUUCAUCCGGGCACUUCAUAAAGGACCCGCAGCUACUCCGGCUACUCCGCAGAAGGAGAGUGGGGCGCGCGUGUUUUCUGGCAUUCAGCCUACAGGAAUCCUCCACCUGGGAAAUUACCUUGGAGCCAUUGAGAGCUGGGUGAAGUUACAAGAAGAGUAUGACACAGUGAUAUACAGCAUUGUGGACCUCCACUCCAUCACUGUCCCCCAAGACCCCACCGUCCUGCAGCAGAGCAUCCUGGACAUGACUGCUGUGCUUCUUGCCUGUGGCAUAAACCCAGAGAAAAGUAUCCUUUUCCAGCAGUCUCAGGUGUCUGAACAUACUCAGUUAAGUUGGGUCCUCACCUGCAUGGUGAGACUGCCUCGAUUACAGCAUUUACACCAGUGGAAGGUAAAGGCUGCGAAGCAGAAGUAUGAUGGGACAGUAGGCCUGCUCACAUACCCCGUACUCCAGGCGGCAGACAUUCUGUGCUACAAGUCCACACACGUUCCUGUCGGGGAAGAUCAAGUCCAGCACAUGGAACUAGUUCAGGAUCUAGCUCGAAGUUUCAACCAAAAGUAUGGGGAGUUCUUCCCGUUGCCCAAGUCCAUUCUCACAUCUAUGAAGAAAGUGAAAUCUCUUCGUGACCCUUCUGCCAAGAUGUCAAAAUCGGACCCUGACAAACUGGCCACUGUUCAAAUAACAGACAGCCCAGAGGAGAUCGUACAGAAAUUCCGCAAGGCUGUGACGGACUUCACGUCAGAGGUUACCUAUGAGCCGGACAGCAGAGCUGGUGUCUCCAACAUGGUGGCAAUCCAUGCGGCCGUGUCUGGCCUUUCGGUGGAGGAGGUGGUCCGCAGUAGUGCAGGCAUGGACACUGCUCGAUACAAGCUGCUAGUGGCCGAGGCUGUGAUUGAGAAAUUUGCUCCAAUCAGGAGGGAGAUUGAGAAACUGAAAAUGGAUAAGGACCAUUUAAGAAAGGUUUUGCUUGUUGGAUCUACAAAAGCCAAAGAAUUGGCCUCUCCUGUGUUCGAGGAGGUGAGGAAGUUGGUGGGAAUUCUGUAGGAAGGCCAGCCAGUCCCUGCACUCCAGUCAAGACAGUGUUCCUCCCGCAGAUUUAAGCCUGUCCAUAUUUCCCUCAGUUUGAUGAUCAGCUGCAUUUGAGGAAUGCCGUCAAUUGAGCAAUGUUCCAAUCCCAUUGGCAAAUGCUAUAAUCGGGAGCUGAGGCAGGCGCAGCUCUUUCACUCCAGUUAAAUGAGGUGCAUUUUUUGGUCUGAAGUAGUCCCACAAGCUUAAACAAUAACCGAGCCAUGAUGUGUGCUUGUUUGUGCAGUACUUACUGUAGCGGGUGCACUUCAUCUGUGCUGUGCAUACAGGUCCUAGGCUAUAAUCCUGAAUCCAGUGGGUAUUUGCAGUUCAUAGAGCGGUUGAUUCUCGCAGCUUAUGUGUUACUAUGAUGAUGUUUGCCCUGAUGUAUUUCAAUGACUUAACUUGUACCAGCAAGGUGGCUCAGGCUCAAGGCACCUGCUGCCAAGCUUAAUAGCCUGAGCUCAAUCCCCAGGACGAGCAUGGUGGAAGGAGAAACUGACUGACAGGUUGUCCUCUGACCUCCACAUAUCUGCCCUGGUAUGAGCACAUACAUACAUACACACACACACACACACACACACAACCCUAAAUAAAAAUGUAGUAAUCUACUUAUUUCCUAGAGGCACACACUGACUUAUUUCAGGAAAUGUCUUCUUAACUUCAGCGACUCAGGAGAUCAUUAUUGGAGAGCAUUGUAUUGCUUCAACUUUGUCUAUUAUGCAGGGCCUGCAUUCCUGGUUGUAUUCUUGAUAAGCACUUCUAUUUUUACAUUCACCUCAGUUUAGUCUCACCAAGCCCUCCCUCUGUGGAACACAUAGGAACCGAGGGGCAGAACAUAGAAUUAGCUCACACAGUGUCACUAAGUAAGUGGGAAGCAAGUCCAAGAGUGAAGCCCUAGCUCCCUACUACCAAGACUAGUGCUUUUAAAUAAUUCUCCCGCCUCUGGGCUGGAGCAGACACAGAGUCGGUCUGCUCCCGUCCUGUUGAGAAACUGAAUCCUGAGUCAUCCAGGAGCCACUGCACU